CGGGUGGCCUCUCAACCACACGCUCUCACCAGCAGUGGCCGGCCGCCCCUCUCACUCACUCACGCGCCCACCGUCCUGUUUUUACUCUCUCACUACCUUCACGCUAGACCUGAAUGGUACACACACACAUGCACACACGCGCGGAGCAACAAAAACAAUAUCGCUGCCGCCGCCUCCGGAUAUUUUGGCGAGUUUGAGUGUGCGACGAAAAUCUCUGCUCCGGUACCCGCCACCCCCUCCCCGCGCGGCGGAUUGGCGGUGAAGGUGUCGAGGCGGUGCUGGUGAGGGGCGUCUGCGGGUCGUAUUGUUAUCUAGAUCUCUUAUCAAGACAUUACCGGCCAUGUUUAGUGAGCACGCGCCUUUAACAACAACGGUGAGGACGACGAAGACGACGCCGAAGAAAAUGGAGAGGCAGUGGUGUUGGCCCUCCUGCUCCCUCCCGCCGGCAGUGCCUAUGGGGAAACAGGUUACGUAAGGGAUGGAGAACAGUGUUGGCGGCGGACCUGGCGGUGACUUGAGACUAGACAUAGAAAGAGCGAGCGUGAAAGUGAGCGAGAAAGACAGGAGGAGGUGGUAGAUGGAAGGCAGAGAAAGAAAAGUAAAAGAUAAAUACAAAAAAAAAUUAUGUUCAAGAGACGGAGUGUAUUUUCAAACGCGUGAGGCUCAGGCAGAAGAAAAAACAAAGAGUGAGUGUUGACUUUUCGCUGACUUUCCUCGACGGGAGCGACAUCGAGAGUGCCUUUGAUACGGUGGGAUUGUGAAGUGGGUCAGAGGCGGGGCGGCGGGCGGGCGGCUUGCUGGUUUGGCGGGUGGGUGGAUAACCUACCCCCUCCACAACCACCCCCACCACUACUACCACCCUGACCCCAACACUCUCGCCCCCCGCGGUGCUCCACGCGUUAAAGAGGAGAGUAAAAAGAGUAACCUCAGAAUUUCGGUGCGGUGGUAAGAAGAGAAAGGAGAGGAGGAAGAGGAGGUGGAGAGGUGGUGGAUGAGGAGGAAGAAGAAGUGAAAGAAGGUCUUCCCUCCCUCCCCACCACCCCACACUGCAGCAACAGGUGGCAUUCCUCGCUCAGGAAGUUUAUCUAGCCCUGGACGCCCCCUUCAGUGCCAGCAGGAGAGGGCGAGAGCCAUCUGUCACCCGGAGCUCGUAAACGUCUACGUCUCUCUUACAAGACUACCGCCAUGAGAUCCUUGUUCGAUAGAUGUAGUGUCCGUGUUGGUAUGAGCUCGGUGCCCGGGGUGAGCCACGCCCACGCCGAGGCCGCCCACUCCGCCCACGCCCCCUCCCGCCCAUUCCCGCCCUACAAUUGCCUGGUGGAUAUGGAGCUGGGAGAAGGACUGACGGGCCGCCUGCUCGACACCCACAACCUACUCUUCGGGGAUGGCUUCUCCGAUAGCCUGUCCUCCCGUGUAGUGGGCGUCGACGGGAACAGCGCCUACCGCCCCUGGGAGGCCGACCACCCGGGGGACCAUCGCGCAGGGGACCACAGGCUCCACCCGUUGGCAGCCUCCUCUGCCCCCAUCCAGGUGCUCACCCACACUCCCCCAGUGGCCGCUGCAUCCACGGCUCACAUCUCGCAUUACCCCCACGCCAUCCCCACCUUUGGUGACUCCUUCCCCCCCGGUCACCCGCACCACCACGUCCCCCCACAACACCCCGUGCCACACAAACUACCGCCCUUCGACGCCUUCAGCCCCGAGCGGAGUGUUGGCAGCACCACGCCCUCGCCGCUCCCAGGCUUCAACACGCUGCCCUCGCCACACGCCCGCUACCCCCUGGUGCCGGCACCCGUGCAGGCUCGCGAGAUUCCUACCAUCCAGCAGCAGAUGAUGGACGAGCGACACAUCCGAAUGUUCGAGUCCCCACAAGGCAGCGACCCAGUGCCCUCUUCCACCACGCCGGCACAGGUGUCCCCCAACACCCAGCCGCCCACCGGUUCCAGUGGCAGCACCUGCAGCAGUGGCAGCAGUAGUAGUAACACUAGCAACAACAACAGUGUGGCUACACAGCAGCAGCAGACACAGUCCUUCGAGAGCAGCUCGUCGCAGCUGCGGGUGGAGGGUCCUGUGCGCUCCAACGUGAAGCGUGCGGGUCGUGCGGGAUCGCUGGAAAGCUCAGAGAGUGACGCUUCUGUCUCUGGCACGGAGAACAGUGGACAAGUGUCAAGCGUGUCCUCCUCGGCCGUGAACAACUCGGACAACAACAAUGCACCCGCCGGCCUGGGUGCCGCCCCCUCCGUGCCCUGCUCGGAAGGGGGUUUUCGGCCGCCACCCCCUCAGCAGCCGCCCCCGCCUGGGGAUGAUCCGCCUGAAAAGCCUGUCAAGAAAAAGCGGAAACGAUGCGGCGACUGUGUCGGGUGCCAACGGAAGGACAACUGCGGUGACUGUGCUCCCUGCAGGAACGACAAGUCGCACCAGAUCUGCAAGAUGCGGCGCUGCGACAAGCUGACCGAAAAGAGAACGCCACGCGGUGAGAAGAUGGAGCGUCGACAGUCUGGCAUGGGCGCCAUGAUGCCCUUCUUCCCAGGACCUGGAAUGGGCGAGCAGCCACCCCUGCCGCCCCCGGAGAUUCCUCCUUUCCCUCACAUGCGGGAACGUUUCCCUAACGCCGUCUGGGGAGGUGAGGGGCCUCCACAAGGACAGUGGCCUCCACCCUUCCACCCACCUGGUUUGGCCCACCCAACGCCCAUGCCCCACCCACCUCCACCACCACCACACCAGUUCAAUCAGUUCGAACCUCGGCAGCCCAUGUUCAACUUCCCCAGUGGGCCGAGUGGAGCGCCGGCGCCCCCUGCCCCCAGCGUGUCCGUGUCGCAGUACAAUAACCAGUUCAAUGGACAAUUCAACGCCGGCGGUGACAACGGCAACGGCGGCUACGUGCCGCAGGGACACUUCUCCCCACAGACGCCGCAGACUUCCGUCCCCGCCUUCUCAAACGGCCCACCCAAUGGUUUUUUAAGUCAAAACCAGGGAAACGGGGUAGUGGGGGGUUCAUCUCCCCAUCACCACCGUUUCCCCGGAUCUAAUGACUUCCAUCAGCAGCAACAGCAACAGCAGCAGCAACAACACCAACAGCAGCAGCAACAACAGCAGCAGCAGCAACAACAACAGCAGCAGCAGCAGCAGCAACAACAACAGCAGCAGCAGCAGCAACAACAACAGCAGCAGCAGCAACAACAACCAGGUGGCAUGUUCAAGUCACCGAUGUCAUCACCAGCAGUAUCUGCCCCCGAAGCGUCACCGGUGACGGGAGGCUUCACCAUGACAACGCUUCCGUCACCCCAUGCCCCUCACACUCCUCAUGCACCCGACCACCCAAACGAGAAGCCUGGGUACCCGCCGCCUCCCCCCACGCAGAGUUUACUCGGCUCUAGAGUGACUGCGGGCGGGUACUCGGGUCAAGCCUUGGAGGGGGGCGCGGGCGUGCCACAGGGCAGCCCGCACGGCUCUGUCAGCGUCCAGAGUCGACUAAAAAACAUGAUAAUGUCUCGGCAAGGUGGAACCUACUCUGGAGGGAAUGUUGAUUCUCCGCCUCUUGGAGAGGUGCAUUUUUCGGGUCAUGUGGCCGCUGUCACAAGUGUGGCCAAUGCUGAACCUGCACAGAUGCACGAAUCCCUAAAAAUGGCUCAGAAUUUUUUAGCCUAUAGGACUACAGAGUCUGGCCCGGGCUCUGUAGUCCAUGCUAACAGUACUGAUGUGAAGGGCGGUGUGGAAACCACGAUGGCCCACGCCAACACUGGUGGUAGCAAAGACAAACACUUAGAUGACGGGACCCCUCCGUUGGGGACACCACUUGCGCCACAGUGUCAAAAUAGUGAAAUAAAGACAGAAAAUAUUAAAAUUAAGGAAGAGGUAAAAGAAGAAGUGCAGAUGAAAAGUGAAUGCAAUGUUUUAGAAGGAAUGGAAGUAAAAGAGGAGUCGGAAGUCCCUGGUAGUAGCAUAGCCCCGAAGCCGCCAGACCAAGGGGAGCACAAGCCGCUGUCAGAUCAGCCAGAGUCCGUGGGUCGUCAACAGGACCCCGGAUGGAAACUGUCCGUGUACGACUUCCCAGACAGUCCAGAUGCCAACCAAAGCCGGCAGGAUUUUCGGUUUGGCAGGGUCAGGGGGGCAGGUCCGUUUGCGUCUCGGCCUGCGUGUGCUAAUGUGUCCGGAGCAGGUUUGUCACCACUCCGGCCACCCACCCCCGCCGGGCCUCAGCCACCUCGGCCGUCCCCUACAACAUCUGGGGGUCAUAAAAGGCCCUCGGGGUCCCCUGCCUCUGCCAACCAGUCUCAGAAAGUCUCUCUGGACUUUACCUCAAACACAAACUCAACAACUACUGUCACGAAUUCCCAGACGUCGUCGUCGCCACCUAAAUCAACGUCAGCCACCAGUCAUAUCAAACAACAGCGACAAAGCUCUGUACACCAAAAACAACAACUACAGUCACCUCUGUGUCCAUCCCAUAUUUCAGACAGUGACCAGGAUACAUGUGCACUCAAGAAAAACCCUCUGCAGCCUCAAGUACAAAACUGUCAGAUUAACAGCUUGCCAGGAAAGCACCUCAAUGGCUCACAGAUGGACAGUUGUGGACAGAUGAAGCAAAACUUUCAGCAUCAUCAGAUGCAGCAGCACUACCAACAGCAGCAGCAUCUACGGCAGCAACAACAGCAGUCUUUCUUGCAACAGCAACAACAGCAUCAGCUGCUACAUCACCAACAACAUCAGUUCCAACAACAACAGUUUCAUCAAGAACAACACCAGCUGCGUCUUCAACAGCAGUGGCAUCAGCAGCGACAACAGUAUCAGAUGCAGCACCAUUGGCAACAUCAACAGCAGUUACAACAACAGCAGCAGCAAAUGCAACAACAGCAGCAAUUGCACCAUCAACAGUUUCAACAACAGUUACAACAAAAACAACAAAAAAUUCAAGAGUUGCAAGAUCCACUGCAGCAAAUGGAGUACACAGUUAACAACCAAGAGCAACAGAAACAAGUGCAGCCAGAACCAAAGGAAACUAAAAAACAAAAACAGAAGAAGAACCAAAAACAGAAAAAGCAGCAGCAACAACAGUUAGCACAAGAAGCAAAACAAGAGGCAAAUAAAUUGCUUUUGCAACAACAACAACAACAACAACAACAGCAGCAGCAGCAGCAGCAACAACAACAACAAGAACAGCAGCAGCAACCACAACAACGACAGCAACAACCACAACAGCAUAGUCAGGAACAGAAGCAAGACGAAAUUCUUAAUAAUAAUCAACCACACGAUCACCAGCAGCAACUGUUGAUGCAAAAACAGCAGCUGCAACAACAGCAGCAACAGUUGCAGCAGCAGCAACAACAAUUUCUCAUGCUUCAGCAACAAAAGCAACAGCAGCAGCAACAACAGCAGCAACUGCUUCAACAACAACAACAACAACAACAACAAAUGCUGCAGCAACAGCAGGAACAGCAGCAACAACAACAGCAACAAGGGGGUCCCGGCAGUCCUGCAGUAUCACCACCGUCGGCAGAACAGUCAGAGCUGGAGGCCCUGAAGGCUCGCCUGCGCCAGAACGAGCUGGAAAUCCCUCGCUGUUCGUGUGUCGUACCCCCUGGAACCCCAGAUCCUGGCCCUAUCUACUCCCACCUUGGUGCUGCCUCUUCCCUGCCUGAGUUGCGGAGCAAGUUAGAGCAGCAUACAGGACAGACGGGCAAAGCCAUUAGAAUAGAGAAGGUUAUAUACACUGGUAAAGAAGGAAAAACCGAUGCUGGCUGCCCACUGGCCAAAUGGAUCAUCCGCCGUAGUGGUCCAGAAGAGAAGACUCUUGCUAUGGUAAAACACCGACUAAAGCACACUUGCUCAACAUCCUGGAUAGUGAUUACUCUUGUCGCCUGGGAAGGAGUUCCAGUACAUAUUGCUGAUGACUUGUACUCUACAAUGGUCUACAAGCUAAACAAAUUUGGAACUCCUACUGAAAGGAGAUGUGGUGUUAAUGAUGACCGCACCUGUAUCUGCCAAGGGCUGGAUCCAGAGACUUGUGGUGCUUCAUUCAGCUUUGGUUGCUCAUGGUCCAUGUAUUAUAACAUGUGCAAGUAUGCACGCAGUAAAACUGCAAGAAAGUUCAAAUUAACAGAUGAGCAAGAGGAAAGCGAAAUAGAACACAAGAUACAAACUCUGGCCACUGUCUUAGCGCCUGUGUAUGAAAAGUACGUUCCUGAAGCAUACAAAAAUCAAACAGCCUUUGAGACUGACAGCCUUGAAUGUCGCCUGGGCUUCAAAGGGGGCCGUCCAUGGGCAGGGGUGACAGCCUGUGCAGACUUCUGCGCCCACUCCCACAAAGAUAACCACAACAUGAACAAUGGCUGCACUGUGGUGGCCACGCUAACCAAGCACAGAGGGUUCAGCAAACCGGAUGAUGAGCAGCUCCAUGUAUUACCUCUGUACAUCCUUGAUGCAACCGGUGAAGAUGGAACACCUGAGUCUUUUGAAUCCAAAGUUCAGUCAGGUGCUCUUGAGGUGCUUUCAAAAUAUCCAUGCGAAAUACGACUCCGAACAGAACCACUUCUAUCCUGUCGGGCAAGAAACUUACUCGCAAGAGGCUUGCCCCUUCCAAAACGAAUCAAGGGUAGAGGAAGAGGGAAAACAAGAAUCACUUUAGGAAGAGGAAAAGAAAUAGAUGGAUUGACCACCUCUUCCCUUGAUGCAGACUGUGGCAAUGUACUGGGACUUGACCUUGACUGUAUGUUAAAUGGCAUUGACUUUAGUGAUCCAGAUGAUGUUCUGAGCAACUAUGGACUCAAUGGUUCUGAUUAUAAUUGGGUAUUAGAAGUUGGGCCAGAUAAUGAUUUUGGACUCUCUUGUGAUUUGGACCAGAUAAUUUCAAGUAAAAAUGAUAGUACAAGCAGUGAUGAUGUAGCAUCUUCCAGUGAACUAUUAGUGGACAGUAAUAUUCCUGAAAGUGAGAAGGGCGCAGAAUGUGUUGCAGCUCCAGAAAGCCAGAUAAACCAAAGACUGAGUGUUCCAACCACUGGGCAGAUGUCAACAGCUGAAUCUCAUUGUGGUUCAGGUGAAGUUCCUGUUGGGUCAGUUGGAAGUUCCCCUAAAGCAGUGGUUGGUUCCCAGGUAUCUCCUGUAGUACAAGGUAGUGUCCACCAGGCAAAUUCUUCAAUGCCUCCUCCUCAGUCUCCAGCUCCUAAAAGACCCUAUUCUCCUCAGUCCAUCAACUCUCCCAUUUCAUCAUGCUCCACCACACCUCUACCACCUCAGUCUGUCAGUCCUAGUGCAUCUCCUCUUCCAUCUCCCACUGUGUUUUCAGUUCCUCAGUCCACUAGCCCAUGUGCAUCACCUCUCAGCUCACCAUCAGCAAGGUCUGUCACUCCAUCUAAUCCACAGACAUCAGCAAGUCCAUGUCCCUCACCACUUCCAUCUCCAUACUGUAAAUCAUUCACGCCUCAAAAUCCACCACAGUCAAUGACUCCCAGUAUUUCUCCAAUUCCUUCAUGUGUCACUGAGUCAGCAACGCAUUCAAAUUGCACACAAUCACCUCAGAGUUGCCCAUCUCUUAUGGCUUCCCCUGUGGCUCCUGUAGGAGUACCAACUCCACACGAGUCUCCCCAAGGACAGGCCUGUCCUGUCAGCACACCACUAACUCCUGUCUCAUCACCAAAAUCUAGUGGGCAAGGGACUGCCAACACUCCACUAUUUCACCCCACGAGCAUCCAGCAGCAACAGUGUACAAAUAAAACAGAAAAUCAGCAUUGCAAUUUCAGCAAGAUGCAGAAUGAACAAUAUCAUCAUUCUUCCCAGACUCCACAAAAUACUCAUUCCACUCCAUGCAGUAUGCCACAUGUGAUGCAAAAUGGUAUUGAUCCAGCUCUCCAAAUGCACUAUAUAAGUACAAAUCAAUUUAGUAGGGGACCAAAUAUGCAAGAAACAAUGCCUUUCCAUCAAGAUAGAUUGAACAAUAAUCCUUUCUCCAACUCAACCAGUGAAGAAAACCCCUUUGGUGGUGAGCAGCAUUACAAACCCAAGGAACCUGAAACUGUAAUAAGAAACAGUGACAACAUUGAAAAUUUUCAUGAUCCUGAUAUUGGAGGUGUAUCUAUUGCUCUGACCCAUGGUUCGGUGCUAUUUGAAUGUGCCAAACAUGAACUACAUGCCACAACUGCACUCAGAAAACCUAAUAGACGUGAUCCACAGAGAAUUAGCCUUGUAUUUUAUCAGCAUAAGAACUUGAUAUACAGAAAUCAUGGAUGGGCUAGAUUUGAAGAAAAGAUGGAAAAGAAAAGAAGUGAAGAAGAAAGAUUGAUCAAAGAAGGUAAAUUGAAACCUUCUCCAAGGAAAAAGAAAAAAAUGAUGAAAGAUGGUUUUGUGUUCCCAGAAGAUUGUAGUAAUCCAGUGGUGAAAACAGAGCCUGAUGUGCAAAGAAUGAAUGGUGUUACCCAAGUGAGGGAAGAUUCACAAAUGAGUCCAGCUCAUAAUGAAGGACAUGGCAUUGGCAUGGGCAACAGAGUUGGACAUCCAGAGGGUCACCAACUUAACAGUAAACCUGCCACUGUUUACAGACCUUCUGGGAUGAGGAUUCCCAAUCACCCAGAUCUCAAGUCUCCUCCAGUUAGUUAUGCCCUUUGUAACAAAAAUCUUCCAUCUGGUAUGGAGAGCCCCAGAGCUUACAGUCCCACUCAGAAGCAUGGUGUUUCCUCUCAAGCUGGUGCCUACUCUAUGGCCUCACACCCUGCUCACUUAAUCACCACUGCAGCCCCAACCCUCAGUGUCCACAUGCAGAAGCCACAAGUAUCACCUGAUCACAACUACACUGGGGUGUUAAAUAUGCAUGAAAAUUUCUACAGAGAACCCAGAAGACCUCCGUUCAAUGUCUCCAUGCAAGAAUUUAAUCCCUAUAGCUGUGGGCAUAACCCAGACUCGUUUCAAGCUACUUGUCAACAAAAUCAUGCUUCUACAAACCAGAAUAAUAGCAUGAAUAAUAUCCCAGUGACUAGUUCUCAGAAUGUUCCAAACCAUCUCCACAACCCAAUGACAAGCCCAAUUCAAAAUCCUCUGCCCAGUCCUCACAGUAAUCCCAUGCAGAGUCCCUAUGGCACUCCCAUGCACAGUCCUCACAUAAAUUCACUUCAAAGUCCACACACUAAUCCAAUGCAUAGCCCUCUAGGCAAUCCAGCUCAGAGUCCUCUAACUAACCCAAUGCUAAGUCCACAUGGAAAUCCUCACCCAUCUCCCAUGUUGAGUCCUCAUACAAACCCCCACAACACCCCAAUGCCAAGCCCUCAUGGAAAUACUCAAGUUGUACCCAUGCCAAGUCCGUACGGCAACUCCCACAACACACCGGUGCAGAGUCCCUAUUCUAAUCCUCAGAGUACACCAAUGCCAAGUCCUCAUGGAAAUCCACAUAGUACACCCAUGCAAAGUCCUCACAUCAAUUCUCAAAAUACUCCACUGCCCAGCCCCCACAGCACUCCGAUGCAAAGUCCACAUUCUAACCCUCACAGUGUCAUGAUGGGCCAAAAUCCUGGUUAUCCAAAUCAAGUGUCUCAGCCAUCAUAUGGAUUAACACCUCCAUACAGCCCAGGGCCUCAUGGUUCUAUGCCACAUGGAACCCCACUUCCUAAUUUUACUAAUGUUUCCAGUAAUUAUAAUCCAUUGACUCCACGAGCACCUCCUGUCCACCCAACCCCCACCUGGUCAGAGACUAGAUAUGCUCCACCUUUUAGAGUGACUGGACCUUACAGUGAAUGGCAAGGGAGUUGAGAGUGUGGUCUCAAAUUUCCUAAAUCUUGUUAUUCUUGAUUCUUGCUGUUACUGUGUUACUUUUCAAAUGCCGUGUAACUUUAGUAUUUGGCUGUGAGCUGGCUAUAGAAGCUCAAAAUAUGGUAGCUGCAGUGUUACUGGUCACAAAGAGUGAAAACUUAUUUUCUGUUCAGAUAUAGCACUAGUCGAUAUUUAUUUAUUUGUGACUGAAAAAAUGAAAGUUGUUUUUGAAGAGAAACUAUGAGUGUACAGUAUGUAACCUUUUGCCAUAUCACAAGCCAUUACUUGUGUAAUGAUCUCAUAUGAGUGAAAGAUGUCUUGUAGAACGUUUGCUGAAAAUUCUCUUUUUUAUUAAAGAAUCAGUUGUAUAGUUGUAAGGUAGUUUUACCAGAAGUGUUGCUUCUUAGAUGGCUUAUUUAUCAUUUUUUCCUGUAUAUAGUAUGCAGACUGUUUAGUUUUAAUGUAAGAAUUUUCAUAUUUCUGAUCAUUGAAUUUAAACUAAAUGCAAUGCAUUUUUUUUCUUUCGAAAAUUAAUAAUGUUGAAUCUACCAUACACAGACCAGAAGUCUGUAUAUAUCUGGUGAUUUUUAAUACUCAGAAGUGUUCUCUGAAUGGUGUGGGGAAUAAUCAGAUGAUUGCUCAAAUAUUCUCCAUUAAUAUUUGAAUUUAUUUUUUUGGAAAUGAAGCACUUUUAAGCCAAGAUGAUGACUAGUCUAUGCAAGGCAUUUUUAAGAAAUUUAGCCACGUACUUUAUUUUUCUUAGGAUAAUUACUAACGUAUUUUUGGCCAAAAGGAAGGCCUUAAUAAUGUUAUUGUUUUAAGGACAUACAGACAGGAUCAUUAAGUACAUACAAAGUACACCCAUUCAGAUUCUCACCUCUUAAUCUCAAAAACAUUACAAAGCAGUUGUGGACACAUCCCCAGCCCAAAGUACCGUAAUUGCACCAGAAGGGCAAGUCAUAAGUCUCUGUAGAUCACGUUCCGUUGGAGAAGACUGGCUUCUGCCAGCCAUUUGAACAUUUUUAUCAGUGUGCCUGUAACAAGGCUUAAAAACUGGAGAUGAUGGGCAACAGGAGCGUGAUGUAUAUGGGUCUUGUCAAGCAACAGUCUAGACUAAGUUGCCAAUGGGCAUAAUUUGAUUGAAGCCCUCCACAUGCAUGCAGCCAAGACACAGACUCCUUCAGCAGCAUUUUCAGUUGAUCGCAAACGAUCUAGUAACUUGAUGUUCAUCAUCUGCUUUUUUUGUAGUAUUUGUUUUUCCUUUGGUUUACCACAAAGGUCUUUGUUAUAUUUUUGAAAAUUUGAGAUUAUUCUUCUACCUCUUUAUAACAUUUAGAUAUAUAACUAUUUCCAGCCAUUCAUAAUAAUUUUAUCUGAUGACUGUUGCGGAAGUCUUGGAUUGGCUACAUAAGCCUCUGUCGCCUUACUAUCAUCAUCUCUUGUACAAAUAACUUUUCUGCAAUCUCUUCCUUCCUUUACUUUUUCUAUCAAUUAUCUUGACAAAUGAGGUGCACUAGUUCAUAAUCACCCUUUAGGAGUAAAAAAGCUGUAAUUUUUGGAUAAUAUUAACCCUGUGCUACAUGCAAAAAGAGAGUGAAAAAAUAAGCCUGAGAAUCUUUUUGUAUUUUUACAUGCAUUUUGAUACUUUUAUUGAAGGCAAAAGUGAAGUAUUGUUUUGUAGCAGUACCUAUGAGCGGGAUGUAGAGAGGGGUUGGGGUGGACCCACUGGAAUGAGCUCUGUUGAUGACAUGUAUUUUUCAUCCUACUGUUUUUUUAAAGUGGCAUUGUGAACUCUAGGCAAGAUAGACUUCUUUUCUCACCGGGUUGUUUUAAUGUCCAAAGAUAAUUUAAUGAUGUCCAAACCAUAAAAAAAAAAAAAACGUUCAAAGUUAAAAGCAACUGUGUGGUGAUUGCGGUGUUUGUAGAACUCAACAAGGUCUUACACUUCACCUAAAGUUGCCCAUCUGGUCAUAUAUACAUUGCCACUGUUGCCUUCCUUCCUGGUGCCCUAAUGUAGUAAGUAAACAAACGCUUGAUUGUCGGAUAAGUCGUGAUGCUGGAUUUUAAAGUACAAAUUAAAUACCACCCUCAUUCUUAAGUUAUAGUGGCACUCCUCUUUACACCCCGCAGGCUUAGUUGAGAUAUCUUUGAAUAUUUCUGUCUGUCUCUUUCCUAUAUAAAUAACCACUAUCUGUUUUUCCCUCUUAUGGCCUAGUCAUAUGUCUGUCGCAGAACCCCAUUUUUAUAAUUCCUGUUUCAUCCCAUGAUCAUAAGGCAAGAUGUAUUUUUGUGACAUAGGAAUUGAUGUUGUCCGAUUAUGUCUGGCAUAUUUGUCAUGUUCACCAAACAACCACUGGUACAUAAGGCUGUAUAAUACAUAAGGUUUGGAGUUUUGUUUGUUUCAUGCAUGCUACAGUAUAUGGGCCAUUAUUGUCACUUGAAACAAAUAAUGAAAUUAUCCUCCCUAUGAUGAAGUGUGUAAACAGUCACUAGAAACAUAAUUUUGUAUUCACUCAUUACUAUGAAAUGAUUCUAUCUACAUACUGUGCUGUAACCCAGCAGGCAUAUGAUGGUAUUGAUGCCAAUGUGACUUUGGUAUAAUAUAUCAGUAUUUGAUGAAUGCUGGCAUGACAGAGUGUUCGCAAGGAAAGUGCACAGUCUUUAUUAUGCAAUCUUUGUUUCCUGCUCUUUUGUCACAGAAACACACCAGUAUUAUUCAUAUAUUUUCACGCUGUUGCAGCUGUUUUUAAUUUGGGGUUUCUGUGAUGAGGCAGACUGUCUAAUUUAGAUAUAACAAACUUCUUGGCUCCCACUCCAGUUACCCUUAUCUGACCAUAAACAACAAAGCUGGAACUCGAAUUCAAGGAUAGGAGAAAGCAAUGAUGAUGGCAGUGUUACUGAAUAGAUGAUAAAGUCUCAUGCUUGUACAUACUUUAUCUUUAAGGUAGCCAACAGUUAUUAUGUGAGGGAGUGAACAAUGAUGAACCUUGUGAAGGGUUACCAUUAUGUAAUUUCCAAAAUAGAAACACAUGGGAAAUAUCAUUCAUGGUAAUCAUGUGCAAGAUUCAUGAUGUUGAUUGCGUCACCAUUAUGAAUAAUGAUUAUAAUCAAUGUGCCGAUAGAUAUGCUCUUUUUCCCUUUGCUGAUAAUUAUGUUCUGUUUAGAUGCAAUAAUAUAUAAAAUUGUUUGUGAAGUUUGUCAACACUCCACUGUUCGUUUUUACCAUAUUGAGGUAGUCCACAAUAGCGAAGAAUUCUGUAAGAAUUCCAAGUUCAGUGCUCUCCUAAGGUCGCCUUUGCACUGAUAAAGUAAUUCAUACAUUUUUCUUGUAGCACAUGUGACAAUAUUAAAACCUUGAACCCUAAAGAUGUUGCAUUGAAACUUAUCUUCUUUCUAUUAUGAAUAGAAAAAUAAGUUUUACUGCAAUAAGGCAGGUUCAACACAGUAGAAUUUGUCACGCGUUUGUGGACCAGCCCUAUACAAUAGUACCGCAUGGCCCCCACACGUGGCCUGCGGAGCCCCACCAGGUACCCCCCAAAAAAGGACUGUGGCUAAGAGGCUGGUCAUGGAUAGGUACUGGCAAGGUAAUGGUAUGGAGGUUAUGGUACCAGCAGCCAAGAGUGCCUCGCAGCUGUGGGUCUGAGUGUCCCUCCCCAAGUGAGUUCAGUAGUUUCAGAGACUUUCAAUAUGGCAGUUUUUUUUUUUUCUGUAGAUAACUGUAUUGGAAAUCCCUCUAAUGGUCUGAACUAUCUUGUACCACACAAAGAAUGUAUUCUUGUUGACUGUUGCAUGUUAAUGUGCCAACAUUUUGGGUCUCUCAACUGAGCUACCAGAUAAUCAAAGUUGCCAGAUGCCUAUAGAUUUUUACACUAUGUAAACAACCCAGAUUGUUAUUAUUAGCCUAAAAAUCUAUACUUUAACGAGAAUCUCGCCGGGACCCAACUACCACUCAGCCUCGCUGUGGUGCACUGAUGGUUGCGAUAGAGUUAGUAUACUAGAGUAGCCCAAAUGUAGAUGGAACAUGUAUCAAUAAUUAUGCUGUCUAUGUUCUCAUCCUCAAUAAAUGAUCAAAACAAAGAACA